UAGGCUUUAGCAUUUUUUUUAGUGUUGUUAGUUGUGUCAUCAAGUUGCUCAUUCAGUUAAAUGUCACACUAGCACAAGAGAGAAGCCAUAUUAUCAUCUAAUACUAGCACUACCUUCCACCAAAACCAACUAGACCUGACGUCGUCCCCGUCCUCCUUUCCAGGUGGCACCAUUAAGCCCGGAAAAAAGUCAUAGACGUGCAGCCCCACCACCUCUCCUCUCAUUAAGCGUCGGACGUCGCCAGGCAGCGUCGCCACUACAUCUUCCAGCCAUGACCAGUGGAAAUCGAUGAUUGUCAUACCCUAAGAGUGCGAAAGAAACAGAUUGUCCAGGUGGAUCCAUAAGAAGAACAUCCGAGGACAGCAAUAAUCGAAGGGCUUUCCACCGAUUGGAAAACACACAAACAACAAGGACAUCAUCAUGUUGAUCAAGGAGUAUCGCAUUCCGUUGCCCCUCACCGUUGAGGAAUAUCGCAUUGCCCAGCUUUACAUGAUUGCGAAAAAGAGUCGCGAGGAGAGUCAUGGCGAGGGCAGUGGCGUUGAGAUAAUCAUCAAUGAACCGUACAAGGAUGGGCCUGGUGGAAAUGGCCAGUACACCAAAAAGAUCUAUCAUGUGGGCAAUCAUCUGCCAGGCUGGAUCAAGAGUCUUUUGCCCAAGAGCGCUUUAACUGUGGAGGAGGAGGCCUGGAAUGCUUAUCCUUAUACCAGGACCCGCUACACCUGCCCCUUUGUGGAGAAGUUUUCGCUGGACAUUGAGACGUACUAUUAUCCAGAUAAUGGAUAUCAGGAUAACGUCUUUCAGCUGUCUGGAAGUGAUUUACGCAACCGGAUUGUGGAUGUGAUUGACAUUGUUAAGGAUCAACUGUGGGGCGGCGACUAUGUUAAGGAGGAGGAUCCAAAGCAUUUUGUCUCUGACAAGACGGGCAGGGGUCCACUGCCCGAGGAUUGGUUGGAGGAAUACUGGCGUGAGGUGAAGGGGAAAAUGCAGCCAACGCCCAGGAACAUGUCCCUGAUGACAGCCUACAAGAUCUGUCGCGUGGAAUUCCGUUACUGGGGCAUGCAGACGAAGCUGGAGAAGUUCAUUCACGAUGUGGCAUUGCGUAAAAUGAUGCUGAGAGCCCAUCGGCAGGCAUGGGCCUGGCAGGACGAGUGGCAUGGCCUAACCAUCGAGGAUAUACGCGAACUGGAACGGCAGACGCAACUGGCAUUGGCCAAGAAGAUGGGCGGUGGAGAGGAAUGCAGUGAUGAUAGCACUUCGGAGCCGUACAUGAGCACUGCGGCCAGCACCGCCGUUGCCUCCACAUCGGGCGGUGAUCAGCGUAAGAAGUCCGCUCCAGCCAUACCGCCGAUUGUCACCCAACAGCCACCUAGUGCCGAGGCCAGUUCGGAUGAGGAGGAAGGCGAGGGCGAGGAAGAGGAUGAUGAUGAGGAUGAGAAUGAUGCUAUCGGCAGGGGCGUUGACCUGACUACCGCUCAGGGCAGCUCCUCUGCUCAGCGAUCCCGAUCCCAGAGCAUUCAGAUGGCCAACAAUAAGGCAAAAUUUGGAUCAAAGGGUGCCCUCCACUCGCCAGUGGGCUCGGCCCACAGCUUCGAUCUUCAGUCAAAAAAGCCGCAUGCAAAGACAGCGCCACGCAGACAUGUUGCCAAUUGGCGUAUGGAGCGUUUGGAAGUGGACUCUAAAUCCAAUUCGGAUGAGGAAUUCUUUGAUUGUCUAGACACCAAUGAAACAAACUCUUUGGCCAAAUGGAGCUCUCUGGAGUUGCUGGGCGAGGGCGAUGACAGUCCGCCGCCACAUGGCGGACCCAUUAGCGGUGGCUCGGUGAGUGGUCGCGGGAAUUCACGGCAAGAGGACAGCAUCUUUAACCAGGACUUUCUCAUGCGUGUGGCCUCGGAACGUGGUAACAAACGACAGUUGCGCUCCUCCGCCAGUGUGGAUCGCAGUCAUGACUCAUCACCCCCGGGAUCACCGAGCACACCGUCAUGCCCGACCACUAUCCUAAUUUUGGUAGUCCAUGCAGGCAGUGUCCUGGAUGCAGCCAGUGAGCUUACGGCCAAGAAAUCCGAUGUGACCACUUUCCGGGGCUCCUUUGAGGCGGUGAUGCGACAACACUAUCCCAGCCUGCUGACCCAUGUCACCAUCAAAAUGGUGCCGUGUCCCUCGAUCUGCACGGAUGCCCUGGGCAUUCUCUCCAGCCUGAGUCCGUACUCCUUUGACGCCUCACCCUCGGCAGCGGAUAUACCGAAUAUAGCCGAUGUACCCAUUGGGGCGAUACCAUUGCUAUCGGUGGCCUCGCCGGAAUUCCAGGAGACGGUGAACAAGACAGUGGCUGCCGCCAAUAUAGUCUAUCACGAGUUCUUGAAAUCGGAGGAGGGUCACGGCUUCUCCGGACAGAUUGUGAUGCUGGGCGAUUCGAUGGGUUCGCUGCUGGCCUACGAGUCCCUGUGCCGUUCGAAUGGCAGUGCUCCGGGCACCGCUUCGGGAGCUUCCAAUUCUGGCGGAGAUGGAACUGGUAAUCCUGCCCACAUCAAUCCCCACAAUCCGUUGGGCGCACGCCACUCCCGUCUGGAUGACGAGGAACGUUUCAUUGUAGAGGCCGAUUUGGAUGCCAAGAGGUUGCUUGUGGCACCAUCGCCACGUCGUCGUCGUUCCAGUUCCUCAAGUGAUUCACGUGGAACCAAAUUGGACUUUGAGGUCAGUGAUUUCUUCAUGUUUGGCUCACCGCUAUCGGUGGUCCUGGCCGCUCGGAAGCUGCAUGAUGCCAAGGCCGCAUUGGCAAGGCCCAACUGCCAUCAGGUGUACAAUCUGUUCCAUCCAACUGAUCCAAUUGCCUCCCGGCUGGAGCCAUUGCUAAGCGCACGGUUCUCCAUACUGUCACCGGUGAAUGUGCCGCGCUAUGCCAAAUAUCCGCUGGGAAAUGGUCAGCCAUUGCAUUUAUUGGAGGUGAUUCAGUCGCAUCCGCAGCACUUUAAUGAUGGCAAUAACCUCUUGGCCGCCGGUCGCCGGCUCUCGGAUGCCUCAAUGCAGAGCACGAUAUCGGGUCUGAUUGAGAACGUCUCCCUGAGCACGAUCCAUGCCCUUCAAAACAAAUGGUGGGGCACCAAGCGGCUGGAUUAUGCCCUGUACUGUCCGGAGGGUUUGAGCAACUUCCCGGCCCAUGCGCUGCCGCAUCUGUUCCAUGCCAGCUAUUGGGAGAGUCCCGAUGUGAUUGCUUUUAUUCUGCGGCAAAUUGGCAAAUUCGAGGGCAUACCCUUUGUGGGAUCCAACGAUGACAAGGACAAUGCCUCGUUCCAUCCUGGACAGCCAAGGGAGAAGUGGAUCAAGAAACGCACCUCGGUCAAGCUGAAAAAUGUGGCGGCCAAUCAUCGGGCCAACGAUGUGAUUGUCCAGGAGGGCAGGGAGCAACGUUUGAAUGCCAGAUUCAUGUACGGUCCCUUGGAUAUGAUCACUCUGCAUGGCGAGAAGGUUGAUGUGCAUAUUAUGAAGGAUCCACCGGCCGGAGAGUGGACAUUCCUUAGUACCGAAGUGACGGAUAAGAAUGGACGCAUCUCGUAUAGCAUUCCGGAUCAGGUGUCCCUCGGCUAUGGCAUUUAUCCGGUGAAGAUGGUCGUACGCGGCGAUCACACUUCGGUUGAUUGCUAUAUGGCCGUGGUGCCGCCUCUGACGGAAUGCGUUGUCUUUAGCAUCGAUGGCUCCUUCACGGCCUCCAUGUCGGUGACGGGUCGUGAUCCCAAGGUGCGUGCCGGUGCCGUCGAUGUUUGCCGCCACUGGCAGGAACUGGGAUAUUUGCUUAUCUACAUCACCGGGCGACCGGAUAUGCAGCAGCAGCGCGUUGUCUCCUGGCUAAGCCAGCAUAACUUUCCCCAUGGCCUGAUCUCGUUCGCCGAUGGCCUGUCCACGGAUCCACUGGGCCAUAAGACGGCCUAUCUCAAUAAUCUGGUGCAGAACCAUGGAAUCUCAAUUACAGCCGCCUAUGGCAGCAGCAAGGACAUUAGUGUUUACACCAAUGUGGGCAUGCGAACCGAUCAGAUAUUUAUAGUGGGCAAGGUGAGCAAGAAACUGCAGGCUAAUGCCACCGUGCUGAGCGAUGGCUAUGCCGCUCAUCUCUCCGGAUUGCAGGCCGUGGGAGGUUCUCGACCGGCAAAGGGUAAUGCUCGCAUGGUCAUUCCACGUGGCUGCUUUAAUCUACCCGGACAGACGGCAAAUCCGCGACGCAGAAGCAACGAGACGGGACUAUCAUCACCCAUACGCAGUGGUUACCUGAAGCGCAAGACUUACCUGAGCCACCACUAGAGAGCAAGUAGAAUGCUCUAACCGAUCUAAAAAAAUAAAGCGAUAAAACUCCCCCAACAGCACUUCGAUAGAGAGAGUCUCCCCCGAUAUACAUCGUUAUAUCGGCUUAUAUAUCCUGCAUUCCCUUUGAAAUAGAGCAGCAACACAUCUGAAAAACUAGCAAAACGAGUGUAAGGACAACAACACCGAUGACUCCAUAUGCCACAUCUGUGUAUAUGCAUACAUCACAAAAAAUAAUAAUAUAUAUAUAUAUAUUGCGAAUUCAAUGAUGUAAUAUAUACACAGCAUAUAUUAUGUAUGUAUAUCGAAAAACAAAAUUGCAAAAGAGAUAAAAAACAAUUGUACAACAUUUAACCAAAGUCAAAUGUGUCACGCGGUGAGUAUUCACAACUAACCCCAUAUAAUAUAGAUAAUAUAUAGAAAUUGUACUCCUCAAGACUGAUAUAUUAACAUAUAUGAUUAGAUAUAGCAGGAUGAUAGCAAGGAUCUUAUAAAAACAAGAUGCAUAACGUCCAUACAUUGUAAUUGUGUAAAGCCAAUAAGGCGUUACUCAUCUUUUCCUGCUAAGAUCCUUGAAGAUAGCCUUGAAGAAAACUUGAAGAAAUUAAACUAGCCAAGAUAAAGAAUCUUACAGAUAGAGGAAGCUGAUCAAUUAACCAUCAUUCAAAAUAGAUUUUUCUAUAUACUAAUGCUUUCUUUUUCCUUUUUCCCCCUAGGUACCUGGAAAGAAAGACUGUUUCCUCCUGUUGCUUGAUGGUUUUUCAAACCACUUGAAGCAAAAAAAAAAACAAAAACAAAAAAGAAAACACUACAUGAAAAAUAUUAAAAAAAAACAAAAUGGAACAAAUGCAGAUACUAAAAAACAAUUGUAAAAGAUAUAUAUAUACAUACAAUGCAAGAAGAAUAUAUAUAUUCAAAAUAUAGAAGCGUUUAACAUAUGCAAGCGAACAAAGUUCAAAAGGUACAACAGCAACAACAAAUUGAAGGACAAACUAAUUAAUUAAUAAUGCAACCGAAGAUCUCCCAAGGAAUAUGAAGCAACCGAAACAAGACACCAAAAAUAAAUAAAAACUAAACUCAAAAUCGUAGGACAAGGAAAAGCGGCUGAAUCAAAAAGGCAAAAUUCAAUGCAUUUCCUGACAAAACCACGACAAACGUGUUAAAAAAUUAACGGCUUCCGUAAAUCAAACUAAAAACCUACAAAAAUGCAAAUAAUAUAUAUAUAUAUACUUAUGUGUGUGCGUGUAAAAUUGACAACAAGAAAAACCUAAAGUUUUUGAAAAGAAACCGUCAUGGAAAUGAUUACAAUCUCUAAACACUUUGGCCCCCCCAGAAACCUAAAAAUCUCCAUAAUUGUGAUAGAGUCUUUCGCUACCCAAGAAAAAGGUUACAAAGGUAAACCAAAAAAUUGAAAUCAUAUAUAUAUAUACCUUCUACUUACAUACAUAAAUUGUUAUUGAGAAAGAAAAUGAAAUUCGAGGAAAUUACUUUCACAAAGUUAAUGUUACAAUUAUAUGUAGAAACUAUGGAUAUUGUGUAAACAUAAAAAAAAACAACCGAUUUUGUGAUACCAAAACCGAAACCAAAUUUCAGUUCGAGAUGAGAUCAAACCGAAAGCUACUCGUAUUAUAUAUAGAAACCUAAAACAAACAACUCAAGGCGACCUGAUGAAGUUAAGGGGUCAUUGCAUAUAUGUACAUAUAUGUAUGACCCGUAUACAGUAUGUAUGUAGUUCUAUAUGUAUUUACCACUAUGUAAGCAUAACAUAGUUAUGUACUGUCCACACAAGUUAACUAAAACCACUCCACACAGAGAACUUAUAAACCAGAAAUACUAAGGGAAUACUGGGAAUCCAGGAAACUCAGAUCAAAGCAGGUUAAGAAUAGCCCCAAAAAGGUGGUGCAUACCUAAACCAAAGGAAUUAUAAUAAUAAGUGAUGUAACGCUUAUACAUCUCUGGCUUUUGGCGUUACACCUCUUAUAAUUAUAUGGCCUUUGACUAAACCACAAUUUGUUAAACUCUCGACAUGAGUUGAGAGUCACUUUCUAAACUCAGAGUGAUUGUAUUUAGGGAUAUUCACUAUAUUUAUGUAUGCAGUGAAUUUAUCUAGCCCAACUUCUUACAAUAAGGACUUGUAAAAGCAUCCUGCUUACUGGGGAACACCUCCAUGUUCCGAUCAAAGUCUUGCCCGGCUAUAAACGUUCCUCUAUUCUCCAUCUGAGUCGACUUUAAACUCUCGUCUUUAUAAUUGAUAUAGUUCUUGCUUCUUUUGUAGCGACGAAACGAAACUAGUAAAAUACAAAAACCAAUGGAAUAUCCACAUAGAGCAUAAGGCAUAAUUUUGGUAUAGAGAGUUUAUCCUAAAUAAGUACAUACGAAAUGUAGCAAGUUGGUUCUCAAGCUUGAGAAAAGCAUUAAAAAAAUUAAAGGCAACAAAAGUCGUAGUAGAUAUAAAACCAUGAAAACAUAAUGCCAUUCCUAAAAGUAGCUAUUCUAUAUCUCUUUUAUUAGUUUUGUUUUAUAAAGUCUAGAGAAUUUUGUUUUUAAUGAGAUAAACUUAUUUGAAAAUCCAUAAAAUUAGAUUUCUUUUUUGAUAUUGUUUAAAGUAAAUAUCAACCUGUUUAAACCGAACUUUCUUGGCUUGAAGAUAGUUUUCUUGAUCACAAUUUUAAUUUUCUACAAAUUAAGAACUCAAAGCUAAACACAUGUUUUUGAAGUUUCAAUAUUUUGUCAAAGAUAUACAAUAUUUACCCAGAGCUUAUAUAGUCAAAUGAAUAGUUAAAUCUUACAAAUUUCCCACAAUAGCUUAUGUUAGUUUCAAGUUUAUGUUUUUAAAGUUUCAGAUCGAUAUCUGAACUUUCGCCGAAGAUAUUCGCUAUUUGUCUAAAGCUAGUUUAAAAUUCUAUGCGACUGUAUUCUCUGAUUUCCGCCCUCUGACCAAAUCCUAUAAAAGAUAAAGAAUAUCGAGAACAACAAACAGCUCCCCAAUGAAGCCAAGCGUUGAGGGAAAUUAAAUUGAAAUGUAUUUUUAAAACCCACCAUUCAGAUGAUAAGCCAUCCCAGCAAAGCCCCAGAACCACGAACAACAAAAUUAAUAACUCAAAGAUUCAAAUGAAAAACAAUAGAAAGGUUAAACAUACAUAUAUACGAAAAUACAUGAUGUACAUAUGUAUGAAUGUUAAUUAUUAAGUGCAAAAGUCCAGGAAUAACAAAUACGAAUUGAGAUAAUGAACAAGGCGAGCAAAGGAAUUAUUUAUUGACAACAAAACUCUACAACAAAGGCAGAACAAAAACAAGAGACAAAACAAAAAAUAUAAAAAAAAUGCGGAGCAAAGCCAAAUGCAAUCUAUUUACAAAUGAAUAUAAAUAUAUAUACAUACACAAAUUCAUAUAUAGAAAUAUGUAAGGCGAGGCAUAGGCAGAUACUACCCAUGAAUUGAGAGAGAUAAGCUAAAGAUGUGCAUUAUAAUGACGUAUAAAUUACCAUAUAUGUAUGUACAUACCCCGAACAGAAGUCCUCUUCAAUUGCCAAUUGUUGCAAUUGUAUCUGUGUGUACAUACAUAAAUUAAAUAAAAAGUAAAAAAAAAAAACUGAAUUAAAGGCCAGUUAAAAAAUAUUUUUCGAUGUGUAAGCGCUGUUUGUUAGAGAAAGAUCGAUCGAGUAAAAACUAUGUACGUAGCCUACAUACACAGUUAAUCAUUUCAAAGUUCAUAGAUCCCAAAAACAAGGCGGUUUAUGAACAAAUAAAAACAGGAAAACAUUAAAAAAAAA